GAUCUCAUUUCUAGGAAAAACAAUGUGUAGCUUCUGAGAAGAUGGUUAAAACAGAAGAAUUAGUUGAUUUUCUCCGUAUAAAUAAGGAAAGCAAACUAGCUCUGAAACAAAACUUUACCACAGCUUCAAAAUAUAGUCAUUAUUCGUUCAAUGCGAGUAAAAUGAUGUCCAUGGGGGAAAUGUGGGCUAGUUUAGGGUCAGCUAUGGCGAGCGUAAUGUUUGUCUGGGCAAUGUGUCAAAACUUAUUCCCUGGCGAACUUCGUGGCCAAAUUAAGAGAUAUGAGGAGAAACUUAGAAGCUUUUUCUCCCCAUAUAUCCAAAUCAUAUUCCCUGAAUAUCAAGGUGAUGGUUUUCAGCGGAGUAAAGCCUUUAUGGCCAUUGAAAGGUACCUUGAUCAGAACUCUACCAAGCAAACAAACCGUCUCAGAGCCAACGUCAUCCAAGAUUGCGAGCAGAUAGUCCUGAGUAUGCAGGAGGCGGGGGAGGUUACUGAUGAAUAUGAGGGAAUCAAGCUUUGGUGGGCUUCUCGCAAACACACUCCUACCAGCCAGUCGAUUUCAUUCUAUCCCAGAGAAGAGGCGAAGAGAUAUUUCAAACUCACUUUUCACAAAAAACACCGAGAAAUCAUCACAAAGAUGUAUCUGAAACAUGUGUUGGAUCAGGGAAAAGCUAUCACUGUAAGUCAGAGACAGCGGAAGUUGUACAUCAACAAGAAGAGUGAAGAUUGGUAUGGGUACAAGAGGACAAUGUGGAGCAGUGUUGUUUUUGAGCAUCCGUCUACAUUUGAUACUCUGGCCAUGGAACCUAAGAAGAAGCAAGAAAUCAUUGAUGAUCUCACCACUUUUAGCAAAUCUAAAGACUAUUAUGCAAAGAUAGGCAAGGCAUGGAAGCGAGGAUAUCUUCUUUAUGGUCCUCCAGGAACUGGUAAGUCCUCAAUGAUUGCUGCCAUGGCUAAUUUCAUGAAUUAUGAUGUGUAUGAUCUCGAGUUGACUUCAGUCAAGGAUAAUACUGAAUUGAGGAAAUUGCUGAUUGAUACAUCCGGCAAAGCUAUUAUUGUAAUAGAAGAUAUCGAUUGUUCCCUUGAUCUCACGGGGCAGAGGGAGAAGAAAAAAGAGAAGAAAAAUAAAAAUGAGGAAGAAAAGCAAGAUAAAGAUCCAGUCAAGAAGAAGAUGAAAAAUAUGGAGGAAAAGAAGAACAGCCAGGUUACUCUUUCAGGGCUUCUGAACUUCAUCGACGGGCUUUGGUCAGCUUUAGGAGGCGAAAGGCUUAUUGUUUUCACAACUAAUUUUGUUGAAAAGCUUGAUCCUGCUCUCAUUAGAAGAGGGAGGAUGGAUAAGCACAUUGAACUCUCAUAUUGUGGAUUUGAAGCAUUCAAGGUAUUGGCUAAGAAUUACUUAGACAUUGAGUCCCACCAUCUGUUUUCCGAGAUUGAACAUAUGUUGGAGGAAACCAAUGUGACUCCAGCAGAUGUUGCAGAAAAUUUGAUGCCAAAGGCUGCUGGAGAGGGUGCUGACAUAUGUUUAGAGAGAUUGAUCAAAGCAAUUGAGCAAGCCAAGGAAGAUGCGAGGCUGAAAGCAGAAGAGGAAGCAAAACUCAAAGCAGAGGAAGAAGAAAGACUAAGAGCUGAGAAAGAAGAGAAAGAGAAACAGAAAGAAGGUGACAGUGAGGUGAAGAGUUCAGAAGAAACCUUGAGCAAAGGGGUGAAAGAAAAUGGAGAAGAGGUUAAAGAAAAUGGAAAAGUUGCUUCUUGACAUGGAUGACUGAAAUGUGGUUGGAACAUUACAGUAAUUCCAUCAUUGGUUUAUUAUCCUUGUUAUGUUUUCAUUCAAUUUUACUUUAGCAUUUACACUGAUUAGGACUGAAUUGCUAUUUGGUGUAAAAGCAUCAAGUUUAUAUGUAACAUACAUUUAGUUCUCUGUUCGUUCCUUAUUGAGAGCAACUACAGAUAUUCAAGGUUGUUUGUCAUCCAAAAUAUUACUUCAUCCAGCAUUAACAUUGGCUGAAGAUGACUAAUGGGGAGUUUCUAAAGAAUAACAUACCUCUAGUUUCCUGCUA